CAAGCAGGACAAGACUCAACGCGAAGAGAAAUAUAUAGAGACCAAACCAUCCGCACAACCGAGUAGUCACAUCAUGAUUGAGAGUGACAGAGAGCUGUCAGCCAUGGUGCAAGAACUAUGGGACAACGACAUCAACAGACUUAAACCUGGAAAAGACUACAGGAUCUCUCUGCAGGGCAAAGCUGGAGACAGCAUGGCCAACGACAACAAUGAUGGAGCAGGAUCUCCUCUGUUUACAUUUGUCGAUGAGAACAUUUUCAAAAAGGAGACUUUUUUAGCCUUUAUCUCCCUGUUGGAUAACUAUGAGAGUGACACUGGUGAGCCAGAAAUUGUAACCCCAGAGGAGGUAGCAGAGAACCACAAGUUCUUGGAUUCCAUCAUUCAGACUCCCACUAUGAAGAUAGCUCAUAAAUACCUGGUUGAGAAGCAUCUCUCUCCAGCGGAUGAUACACAAUUCAAGGAGCAGCUGUACAGGAUCUGGUUUGAACUUUAUGCGAGGAGAGGAUCAAGCAGGCCAGACUCCUCAGGAUUUGAACACGUGUUUGUCGGAGAGACGAGAGGAAGGCGGACUGUCAUUGGCUUUCACAAUUGGAUCCAGCUCUACCUACAAGAAAAGCUGGGGCACAUCGACUACAAAGGCUACAGCGUCAAUGCAAAUUCACCCCAGCCCGACGAGAACAAACAUAUCCUGGCGCUACAGUUCAGCUGGAAGGACGGUAUAAAGCCCAAGGGCAGCAUCUUCAUCGGCGUCAGUCCCGAGUUCGAGUUUGCCCUCUACACUUUGUGUUUCCUCACCUCGCCCAACGAGCGUGUCAAAGUCCAGUUCAGUUUAUACGAUGUGGAGAUUGUUUGCCACCACUACAACCAAAAGCACAUAGGCACCACUUACCCUGUGCUCCUUAAAUACCAGAAACCUCAGAAACUUGACUAGAAUUCAG